ACACCUAUCCGUUGCUGUCAAAGCGUUCUUUGCGAUCAGUGUACUUUUUUGUUACAAAAGGAAAACAUUGAAAAACUCCGGUCCGUUGAGCUGUUAUUUUUCCGUCGCAGAAGCAAUAGGAACUAAUAGACGGCUACCAAUGAGUGUGGAUCGCAUUGCAAAGUGCUAGUUUCCACUAGCAGCAGAAGAAGUCAAGUGUAGUAAAAAAAGGUUGGAAAGCGCUCCGUCCAUUUGUGCUUAGUUAGUUGCGGGCUGUACGUUCCCUUACCGAGGGAACGGAUUAUAUAUUACACCUUGGUUAUUAGCGUUUAAAUUCGAUAAAAUGCAACCGGAAGCAAUACUGCUAACCCUAGCUGGGUUAAUAUCAGUCGCCCUAGCAUCUCCGCUGGUUCUAAAACAGAGCGUGCUGCAACAACCCGCUGCUGCUGCCCUUGCAGUCGAAGGUGGCUUACUAAACGCGAGCCAAACGGGACAGGAAACACGCAUCCAGCGUAUGCAAACCUACUGCAGCCAAUCAACUCACGCGCCCGGUUGUUCUACAUUUAAAGAAAUGAUGGGUAUUGCGACCAACCACCGAGUACCCGAGUUUGAGCAACUAGUCGACAAGGAACUAUCGCACACACUGUCACAAGCUGAAGAUGACAACUUCUGUACGGAUCUAUCGGCAACGCUUAAGCAAUUGUCCCAAAAAUUGAACACCCGCACAGUGGGCCAGUAUGAGCGGAUUCCCUCCUGUGUGCGGUUGUGUUACGACGAAGACAGCAAGCUGACGGAUAUGUGUCGAGUGCUGUUUGCUGGAUACAAGCUGAUACUCCCAGUGAUUGAGAAGAAAGAAACGAAACACCAGUCGCCGGGCGAAGUGCCAGAAGCAGGCGGCGAUAAACCGGACAGCACAGCAAAUCAAUCCGGCUUCGCGAAGAUAGUUCCAGCAGUGGCCGAAGUGAAACGACCAGCAGUGACAGAUGAAAUCAAGGAUAGGACUCCGAUCCCCGUUAGUAAUGACACAGCCAAGAUUGCCAAAAAGGACGAGACGGACAAGAGCGCCAAUCCUCCGGCCAAAUCUGUUACACAAUCGAGCGAAAUCAUACCGGCAAAGAAUCCGGAGGCGGGUGGAAAAACGGUCCCCGUUGUCGAAGUUGUGGUUCCGAAAACGUUCGAAAAGGCAACCAGAGAUCAUCCGCCAGCCCCGGUGCAACCGCCCCAGGAAGCAGCAGUCGUUCCGGAGAAAAAUGAGGACGAUUUGGUGCAACAGCAGCAGCAGCAGCAGCAGGGUGGUGAUCUAGAUACUGGCGGCGAUGUGGCUCCGUUCGAUGAUGAACCAAAACCUGCAGGCAAUCUAGCGGACGGUGCUGCUAAAGGAGGUGCCACCCAAACGCAGUACGAAAAUUCGGACGAAUCGGAAGCUAUCGCGUCGGCAGAGGACGUCAACGAGAACGGGGACGAUCUGGAGCUGAACGGGUUCCAACCGGUCGGCAAGCCGGCCGUACUACCGGAGAAGGUAAAGCAGGACGAAUUUUCGGAAAGUUCGAAAGCAAGCGACAUUGUACCCGGUGCGGAUCCGUUCUACGAACAGAAGGAUUCGAACUUUUUCCCCUACUUCCUGUUCGCCAUGUUCAGCUGCGCCAUGCUUUACGUGGCGUAUCACAACAAAUCGAAGCUGCUGGCAUUGGUCGUAGAAGGGCGGCGGACGAGCAGCGGUCGGGGUGGAUUUAGCAAAGGACGCAAGCAUACGGCCGCCUACAGGAAGCUGGACUCGAACCUGGAGGAGGCCAUCACAUCAGGCAGCGGUUCGGGUGGGCAUUCAUCGUCACAGAUUAUCUACUAACAGGGGACUCGUGCACACACACACACAAACACCGCACUUUGCUUGUCAUCGUUGGCUUGAUACGUUUGUUUCGACAAGCACCGACCACCAAUCCAUCCCCCUUUGGCGAGAGAGAAAGAGAGAGAGAGAGAGAGAGAAAGGGGUCAUUUGUAAAUAUCUUCCAUACGCCGUUCCUUACCCCUUUUCAGUAGACACGCCGGUACUGUCUGAUUUUCCCUAACGCCUUACUAGACGCCCGCGCUCGUCUCUGCACGCACUCACCUUGCUGCACACUGUAGCGCGGAUCGAGAUUUUCCGGUGAGCCGAAAAUCUGGUUGCCCCUUUGGUUUUUCGCGUUUCGAUUAUUCGCGCAGGUACCUUUCGAUUAGUUUCUCAAUGUUAGACAUUCUUCGAUACCGAUGAGGAUUGGGGAUAGUUCACCUGAAGCAACAAUUAUGAACGAUUUUUUACUCCGAUAGAAGGUAAUAAAAAGAAAAAACAGAAAAACAGCGCUGUAAAAUCCGAAAUAAAACAAAACAAAAAAAAAACGAUAAAAAGAAUAAAAAA